AUGUUUAAAUCUUCAACGUGUCCGGCAUGCAAAAGUUCAUAUCCACAAUUCGAGAAGGCAGCAAAGAACUGCGACGGAAUGAUACAGUUUGGAGUUGUUGAUACAGCAACAAGCCAUGAAAUUUCCGAAAAAUACCAUAUUCAAUCAGUUCCUUCUUUUAUCAUCUUUUCGCCAGAAGGAGAAAAAGUUUAUGACGGACCACGUAAUGCACGAGGAUUUACUAAUUAUCCAGCUAAAUUCAUACCAAACCAUUCACAAAUCGCAGAUAAAAAAUGGAUUUCGCCAAAAAGAAACUCCGUUAUACUAAUUACGAACAAAAAGCAAGUACCACCAAUGUGGGCAGCCAUUAGUUGCUUCUUUAUGAAAAAUAAGAAAGGAAUUCAAGUUGGACAUAUCUUUUCAAACGGGAAAGGGGAAAUCUUUAACGUCACAGCGUAUCCUACUAUCAUACUAUUUAAAGGCACAAACUCUAUUGUUUAUACUGGAGAAUCUGAUUUCAGGUCGAUUCAAAGGUUUAUUAUCCAAUUCUUUGAUGGAAUAAUCACGAGCAAUGAUGGUCUCAUGAAAAUGAAUCAGAUACAAUAUAUUGAUAGUUUGAGUCAGUUUAAUCGUCUUUGCAAAAAGAAGAAAAACUGUAUAGUCUCUAUGACCGAUACUACUUCCAAAUACCAAGAGAUUGCUAAUAAAUACAAGAAUCAGCUUCUUGUUUUUGCAGUUGCUCCAGAAAACUCAGAAAUCAAACUUUCAAAACAAGGAUUUUACAUAUUCCACAGACAAUCUAAUAUGGCAACAUUUGUGAAGAAUGUUGACCAACUUCCAAAAUCUAUUUCUAAAGUUUUAGACGGAACAAUCAAAUGGGAUAAAAUUGAUAUCAAUAUCAACAGAAAAGAACUAUAA